AUGUCGACUCCCAACAAUGUGAUCAUCUUUGGUCCAUCUGGUGACGUGGGCUCAGCCACAGCCCUGCAAGCCUACCAGGAAGGUGCCAAAGUGACACUCGCGAUGCGGGAUCCAACAAAGCACCUCCCAAGCUUGACUGGCAUCGAUGUGGACAGGGUUCAAGCCGAUCUCACAGAUCCCGAGACAAUCAAAACCGCCGUUCGCCAGAGCGGGGCAAAGUGCGCCUUCAUAUAUGCGAUCUUGGGGACAUCCGACCAUAUGCGAGCCAGUAUUGAAGCCCUCAAAGAAGCAGGAAUCGAGAUGCCCGUGCUCCUGAGUAGUUACUCGAUUCAGAGCAAUAUUCGCUCCCUAUCUCCAGAUGACCACGUCCCAUGGGUUCAUGCACAAGUGGAAAUCUCCCUCGAAGAGGUCUACGGCAAGAAUGGCUUCGUCGCCGUGCGCCCGAAUCACUUCGCUAGCAAUAUACUUUGGUUCAAAGCGGGUAUUCAAGCUGGAGAAGUCCGACAUGCCAAUCCCGAGGCCGAGUAUGACUGGAUCUCUCCUGAUGAUGUUGGCCGAGUGUGCGGAUCGAUCUUGGCGCGGGGCCUGAAGGAAAGAGUUGUUUGGCUGAUGGGAUCCGAAAAGAUGGCGCUAAGGGAUGCGAUUAAGAUUGUUACUCACACUUUUGAGAGGGAAAUCAAGGUCACCAGGAUUACGGCAGAAGAAGCGCUGGACGAGUUUCAGAGACAUGGGACCCCCGAAGGCACUGCCAGGUGGAUUGUUCGGUAUAUCACUGAGGAUGCUGGAUAUGAGUUCAAGACCCCCGUAUUUGAGGAGGCGGCAAGUAAUAUUCUCAAGUAUACUCAUCGCGCUCCUGCGAGGUUUGAUCAGUGGGUACAUGAGAACCUUCAGAAGCUCAAGGAAUAA